AUGAUCGUCGAUCACUUCAAUGUCUUGGAGAAGACGGGGAGCUCAAUUCUCAUCCGGGGCGGCGAUGUAGUCUCGAAUCAGGGCCUGCGGCCUUUAGAUGCGCUAAUGGAAGUUAGUGUUAAAGUAAAGCCAGACGAAGAGGUUGUUGAGUUUGGCUUCAAGACGCUGUUCUUCCAGGGACUUGGAAAAGCAGAAGGGUCGCUGAUGCCGGCACCGGCCGUUUGGUUGCAUGAGCAGUACGCCAAAGCGAUGCUGGAGUCGGGGGUGCGAUAUGUCCUGCAAUAA